UGUGUGGAGUUUGAAGAGAAGGAUGAUUGGGAGCACACACUUUUUUAACCCAGUUGUGAUGCUCAUGGACAACUUUUUCAUGAAGAACACAUGAAAACACACUUUGGCUGGUCCUGAAUCGUAAAUGACUCUCCACAGCUUUCUGGUCAUCUACUCACGACUCCCCAACCUCCAUCCAGCUCGGCCCACCCUGUCUGUUAUCUCUGCAGACAUUAAAGGACACCUGUCUUCAUCUCAAAUACAGACCUCUGCAAGAACUCUUUUCCCUUUUGUAACAUUCACUACCAAGUCCAAGGAUCCAUUCUUCUCUUCUAUGUAUCUAACUCUGUGAGAUUUCAGUGCCCCGCUCGAUUUGAUUCCCUUAGCCAUCCCUAGUAGUUCCCAUUACUCUGAGCUCUCGGCAGCACCCACCCUCUCUUGCUCCUUACUGGUUGACUCCUUGGGUCCUGAGCCAGGAUGAAUGACGUCCAGGAUGCUACCUCUCCAGGGGCCGCUCUAGGUGGCCCUGUCGCCUGCGUCUCCAAAGUGGAGCUGCGCGUCGCCUGCAAGGCCCUGCUGGACCGAGACACCCUGAACAAGUCUGACCCAUGUGUCAUACUCAUGGUGCAGAACCAGGGACAGUGGACAGAGCUUGACAGGACAGAGGUGAUCAAGAGCAACCUGCACCCGGUCUUUGCCAAGGUCUUCACCCUGGACUACUACUUUGAGGAAGUGCAGAAGCUGCGGUUCGAGGUCUACGACAUCCAUGGCACCCACAGUAUUGGCGCCCGCGACGACGACUUCCUGGGUGGGGUGGAGUGUACGCUCGGCCAGAUUGUAGCCCAGAAGAAGAUGGUGAAGCCUUUAUUCCUAAAGUAUGCGAAGUACGCUGGGAAAUCCGCCAUCACGGUACACGCUGAAGAAAUUUCUGGCAACAAUGGAUAUGUUGAACUGUUCUUCUGUGCCAAGAAACUGGAUGAUAAGGAUCUCUUCAGUAAGUCAGACCCCUUUUUGGAAAUAUAUCGAAUCAACGAUGAUGGGACGGAACAGCUCGUUCACAGAACUGAGGUAAUCAAAAACAACCUGAACCCCGUGUGGGAGCCCUUUAAAGUGUCUCUCAUCUCUCUGUGUAGCUGUGAUGAGGACAGGAAGCUCAAGUGCCUAGUCUGGGAUUCUGACUCCAGGGGAAAACACGACUUCAUCGGAGAGUUUUAUGCCACCUUCAGAGAAAUGCAGAAAAUUGGCGGUGGAAGCAAGGUCACAUGGGAUUGCAUGAAUCCAAAGUACAAACUAAAGAAAAAGAACUACAAGAACUCUGGGGUGGUCAUCCUCAGUGAUCUCAAGCUUCACAGAGUGUAUUCCUUCCUGGACUACAUCAUGGGAGGAUGCCAAAUCCACUUUACAGUGGCCAUUGACUUCACAGCCUCCAACGGAGACCCACGGAACAGCUGCUCCCUGCACUACAUCAACCCGUACCAGCCCAACGAGUAUCUGAAGGCUUUGAUAGCAGUGGGGGAGAUCUGUCAGGAUUAUGACAGUGACAAAAGAUUUUCCGCCUUGGGAUUUGGUGCCAGAAUUCCACCCAAUUAUGAGGUGUCCCAUGACUUUGCCAUCAAUUUCAACCCAGAGGACGAUGAAUGUGAAGAGAUUCAGGGGGUGGUGGAGGCCUACCAGAACUGCCUGCCUAAGAUCCAGCUGUAUGGCCCCACCAACGUCUCUCCCAUCAUCAGCAGGAUAGCCAAGCUGUCAGCAGGAGAGGAGACCAUCAAAGAUGCCUCACGUUACCACAUCCUGCUGAUCCUCACGGACGGCGUGGUGACAGACAUGGCAGACACACGCGAGGCCAUCGUGCGCGCCUCCUACCAGCCCCUGUCCAUCAUCAUCGUUGGCGUGGGCAAUGCAGACUUCACAGACAUGCAGAUCCUGGACGGGGAUGACGGGGUGCUGCGCUCACCCAAAGGAGAGCCCGUCCUCAGGGACAUUGUGCAGUUUGUGCCCUUCAGAGACUUCAAAACGGCCUCGCCUGCUGCCUUGGCCAAAUGUGUCCUUGCGGAGGUGCCCAACCAGGUGGUGGAGUACUACAGUCACAAGGCCAUCUGCCCCAUGCCGCCCGUCCCAUCAUGUGACUCUCCCACCUCCCUUGCCAACACCCCUACAGAAUCACUGCCAGCAGUGGGGACCACGGCCUGACCACAUCUCAGUCCAGAGAGAGAGAGGGUGCAGAUCGCUGCUCUGGACCAAGAACCACCGUCAUUAAUAUUAGUGUUGUUAUCAUUCCUUUUUCAUUCGUACAGUGUUCACACACAGACUGGAACAGAAACCUUUGGAUUGUUUUCUCUCUCCGUUCGGAUCAUGUCCCUCUGCCUGGCUGUGCAUCCAUCUGCCUGUUCAGCAUGAUGCUGGAGGAUGCAUGCAGGUGAAUCCCUCCCAAAGUUGAUCAACUAUGGUCACAGGCUCUCUGUCCCCUUCUGCCCUGAUACUGGCAUCUUGGCCCUCAGCUGAUUUUUUUAUGACUUUCAAGGCUCUCCAAGGUUUCAGUCUGCUUCUCUUCUGUGUCCAUUUUGCUCUGCUGUGUCUCUCUGUCUUACUGCCCAUCACUGGUAUUGUCUGAAGAGCCUGUCAACUGAAGGAUUGGGGGAGGGGAAAUCUAAACAUAUCAAACCACAUGAGUCUUUCAAUUAUGAGGAAAGAGAUUUAGGUAACACUUUAUUUUACUUUUCCUAAAUGAUGCCUGCACAGAAAAGGUAGUCAUAUACAGUAUGGGUCAAAAGUUUGGACACACCUGCUCAUUCAAGGGUUUUUCUUUAUUUUUAUUAUUUUCUACAUUGUAGAAUAAUAGCGAAGACAUCAAAACUAUGAAAUAACACAUGGAAUCAUGAAAUAACCAAAAAAGUGUUAAACAAAUCAAAUCAAAAUAUAUUUAAUAUGUUAUAUUGUUCAAAGUAGCCACCCUUUGCCUUGAUGAUAGCUUAGCACACUCUUGGCAUUAUCUCAACCAGCUUCAUGAGGUAGUCACCUGGAAUGCAUUUCAAUUAACAGGUGUGCCUUGUUAAUUUGUGGAAUUUCUUUCCUUCUUAAUGCGUUUGAGUCAAUAAGUUGUGUUGUGACAAGGUAGGGGGGUAUACAGAAGAUAGUCCUAUUUGGUAAAAGACCAAGUGCAUAUUAUUACAAGAACAACUCAAAUAAUCAAAUAGAAAUGACAUUCCAUCAUUACUUUAAGACAUGAAGGUCAGUCAAUCUGGUAAAAUUGCAGUCGCAAAAACCAUCAAGAGUUAACUGCACUUCAGAUUGUAGCCCAAAUAAAUGCUUCACUGAGUUCAAGUAACAGACAUCUCAAAAACCACUGUUCAGAGGAGACGGUGUAAAUCAGGCCUUCAUGGUCGAAUUGCUGUAAAGAAACCACUACAACAGGACACCAAUAAGAAGAAGAGACUUGCUUGGGCCAAGAAACACUAGCUAUGGACAUCAGAAUCUGGCAUUUGAGAUUUUUGGUUCCAACCGCUCUGUAUUUGUGAGAAGCAGAGUAGGUGAACCGAUGAUCUCUGCAUGUGUGGUUCCCACCAUGAAGCAUGGAGGAGGAGGUGUGGGGGUGCUUUGCUGUUGACACUGGCAGUGUGGCGACCACGGCAUGGCGACCACAGCAUUCUGCAGCGAUACGCCAUCCUAUCUGUGUUGCGCUUAGGGGGACUAUCAUUUGUUUUUCAACAGGAGAAUGACCCAAAACACACCUCCAGGUUGUGUAAGGGCUAUUUGACAAAGGAGAGUGAUGGAGUGCUGCAUCAGAUGACCUGGCAUCCACAAUCACCCGACCUCAACCUAAUUGAGAUGGUUUGGGAUGAGUUGGACUGCAGAGUCAAGGCAAAAGCAGCCAACAAGUGCUCAGCAUGUGUGGAAACUCCUUCAAAAUCAUUCCUCAUGACAGCAAAGCUGUCAUCAAGGCAAAGGGUGGCUACUUUGAAACAUCUCAAAUCUAUUUUGAUUUGUUUAAUACUUUUUGGGUUACUACAUGAUUCCAUAUGUGUUAUUUCAUAGUUUUGAUGAAACACACUUGAAUGAGUAGGUGUGUCCAAAGUUUUGACGGGUAUUGUACAAGCCAACUUGACAUUUUGUAACAUGACUCACACUAAUAUUACUUUACAGUACAACGUUUUAAAGCUUAGUGAUUUAUUACAGAUUAAGCAAUGUGACGUACAUACAUGUUAUGUCAAUCUCAGGUUUAUAGUGCCCUUAUGCAGGCAUGAUGGCAGAGCAUUCAAAUGAAAUGUUACAGAAGUGUAUACAUGAUAAAUAAGUCAACAAAUACAAACAAAUAUAUGUACAGUGUAAAUGAAUGAUAAAGUUCGACAUCAAGAUAAAUCAGAUCUUUAUCAACUGUUAUGCCCAUUACCUCCAUAUGAAGCAUACCUUUGGGAUUUAUCUUUAUCUCAACCUGACCUAUCUGGAGCCUUAGCCAGUUACUUUUCUUAACUGAAUUAACGAGGAACAUUUUAAAUGGGGCUCUUCGUGGUGUUUGUGUCACGAUAUUGUAGGUCUUUCAAAACCGAAAUCUUAUUCCAAUGCGAUAACCCUGCAUUACAUCACUCAUGUGAAAGACCUCACUGCACUGUCUAGUAAAGCAUCUAAAUACGGUGGAAUGUAUAUGAUUUCUAUUGUUUGACGAGUGCAAAUGUCACAGGAGUACACUGACAUUAAUGAGAGAAGACCAGAGAGUGGGAUCAUGGCCUUGUCUUCACAUUGACUUGUUUGGAUGAGAUGCUGCUGGACUUAUGGUAAGCAGCUUUACAUGCACAUCCCUCCAUGAUGAAUAUGUCCCGUAACCAUUAUUUUCCCCUCUAGGAACUAUUUUGUUCUCUCUGUUGACACGUUGACUUGUUGAUUGUAUAACUCAUGGGUAUGAAGUCUUGCACGUAGUUCCAUAAACUUCUUCUGCUAAAAAUUCUACUAACGUAGUUUAGGUGCAUCAGGUAUCUACGUCAGAUAUGAUGCAAACAGAGGUAAACUGAAUCACUGAAAUCGUAUUAUUUUGUCUGCCCAUAUUUUUACAUACACUAAGAAUAACACCUAAAAACAGGUUGCAUUCAGUAUAAAGAUUGCAAAUGUUUGCUCAUAAUGGAUAAAUACGAGGAAGAUUACAUCACAGUUGUCUGGGAUAUUGUAAAACUGGCUCUAAUCUGUGUCAAUACCUUUCUCUGGACAGUGACAACCACAUGUAGGCUGGAAUUCAGUUGAACCCGCCAUAGAUGGUCAAUUAGCAUAAUAUGGGUUUUUAGAAUUUGAUGCCAGUCCGUGCCAUUGCCUCUGUCUCCUUUGUUGAUGCGACUUUGUAAUUAUCAAGUUCACUUUGGCUUCUCCCUCAAUGCUUGCAUCUCUCCCAGGUGGCCCAUGUGCUCUUAUGUACAUAACUGUGGCUAAACUCCCCCGGUACAGUGCUCCUGUGUGCUGUGGUCUGAGCUCCUCUGAAGAACAGUGAGUGUGUAUCUGUCACUAAGGACCACAAGCUUCGGCCUAUUGAUUCAGGACUCCCAGAUCUGGAGUCCUACUUGAUCAGCUGAAUGUAAAUAACCCUGGAUGGACUUUCAUCUCCACACUGGGGCUCUGCAGUGGGACGUGUAGGAUGGGGAAAUGGAUGUAGAACAUUUGCCAAUGUUCUGUUGGACUGAGUUCUGACAUCAAUGGUAAUAUAUUGAAGUACUUUAUAUUUAUUAAAUUAAUGUUUUGUUUGUUUUUGUUUGGAUAUCUACUAUGUGUUUGUUUGAAUAUGAUGACACCAUUUCUCAAGAUGGCAUAAUGCCAUGGAUUUAUUCAUCACAUGAAUGGAUAUCUCAUUUUUAAGAUUACUGUUGUGCAAUGGCAGGAAACCUUAUCUAUCAGAUCUAUAUUGAGAAAUGUAUGAAUCAUUGGCAAGAUGAUGGGGUACACUGUUCCAGCCCCUUGGUCCAUAUCUUUAUUGCACAAGCUAAAACAGUGUGCAUUUUCAUAAAAUUGGCUUGUGUGCAGCCCAACAUAUGCUCACACUAAGACCAUACAUACAUUACACACUCCGAGCAACAGCAAGUGAUAUCAUGCUGAUAUGAAUCAGUAUUCCUGUUCCUGAGGGGGAACGGGAUUUGAACACCAUAUGCUCAAGUCACAAGUAUCAGCACCUUCCUGUUGUUUCUGUGCUGUGCUGUACUGUUGUUCCCACCCUGGACAACAUGGCCCUGGACAACAUGGCCCUGGACAACAUGGCCCAUGAUUUAAUGUUGCCCUCAGGCACAAGCCAAAGCACUCUCCAUCAACUCAAAUCAUCCUUUGCUUAGUUCAUUUUCAGAAUGAACCCUUUAGACCAAAUGCACAGUCAGUUGCAGGUAUUGCUAACCCUGAUGCAUACUGUAUCUAGCGGUAUUGAUUUCAAUGGUGGAUGUCUCCUUUAAAGUAAUUAUGCAGGGAGAAUGACUGGUUUUAAAUGAGCACUGCGAAGAGUGCAUAAUCUGAGGUAUUUAUUUUACAUUCACCACUGACAAACAUGGGCUCUGAACACUACGGUACAAUGGGUGGAAGGUAAUACAGGCUAGUCUAUUGCCCUGCUGUGUAUUCCCUAAACCACUGGAUGAUUUUGAGGUCAUAGAUAUAUUUUAUUUCUAAAAAGAGAAUUCAUUGCAUGCUUACUUCUGUUGUUAAGAUGUGUUGUACAUUCCUUUGGAGUACGUUAUGCUGAUAGGCAAGCCUGCAUUUGCACAAACCUCUGUUCAUGUUGUGGAUGCUCUCUUUAUCUUGCAUUUAGGCCAAUAAAUCCAGUCAACUGCAUGACAGUGUCUGUGAUGUCUCAUCCUUGUGAAAAAAAAGUGGAAAUAUUCGCCCCUAUUCUUCUUCCAUGUUUUUGAAAUGGAAAAACUAAAUAAAGCUUUAGUAUUUAUUGCCA